CGGUCAAGAACUCAAGGGACAAGGCGUGAACGGUUAAGUAGGGAGUCACGAAGUUGUAAACCAAUAUUUGGAGAUUCAAAUAUCUAACUAUUGCCAUAGGUACAGUCAAACCUGUAAAAAUAACUAUGUCUGAAGGAAACCAGGAAAUACAAAUAAAGAACUUGAAAAAAUUGCUUGACGGUUGGCGUAUGGCAGUACUGCCUAUAAAAUCCAUAUUUCUCUGGGAACAGCAGUGGCAUCCGUGCGCUAUAGUUGCAACUGUGUCCGUUCUUUAUUUUAUUAUUUGGUUAAUGGAUCUCAAUAGCUUGGCGACGUUUGCGAUAAUUGGUCUAUUUUUCAACUUCUUAGAUUUUAUUGUACCAAUUAUCUGUAACUCAAUCUGCAAUCCUAACUCAUGGACUGGUCAGCAUGAGAAGGUUUUUGACGAAGUUUGCAGAAGCAUUGUGAGUUCUUAUAAUAAAACUCUUCAUCAGCUGUGCCAAUUUUAUUCCCUCAGGGAAAACAGCCCCUUUAUGUACUACAUUAUAUCAAUCAGCAUGUUAUGCACUCUAGCAUGGAUGGCAGCAUCAAUCAACAAUGUUUUUCUGCUUUAUAUAUUCUCAGUGGUGAUUUUGCUCUGGCCAGGUAUCCAGCACAGGGGUAUUUUCAACACCCUUCUUGGAAUGAUGCACAUGGCACCAAAAACCAUUAAAUUGCAGUAAUACCAUUGUAGUACAUUUACUAUGCCCGCUUUAGUUGCUAGCUUUUUAUGUGAUGUAAGUCUGGUCAUUACCAUAUUUUAAGUUAAGUUAGGUACAUUAUGUUGUGAGCUUUAAAUUUUAUGAAAUAAAAGGGUAUUUUUAUUGAA